GGACGUAUGGCUACGGUCUCGGUCUCCGGCGACACGUUCGAGGCUGGCGCGUCCAUUCUCCAUCCCAAGAACUACCACGCUCUCGACUUCACCAAGCUCCUUAAUCUCAAAGUCAAACGCCCGCCUUCUUCGGAGGAUUCGCUGUCUCUUGGAAUUUGGAACGGGAAAAAGUUUAUCUUCAAGACCAUUAGUGUUAAUUCCAAGGCUCCGCUGGUACAAAAGAUCGUUUCAUUUGCGAAUUCUCUCUACUUGUUUCUUCGAUAUGGAUUCUCGCUUCUUAAAAUGGGUAGCUUUGUUGAGAAUACUGUUGACAAGUUCUUAAGGUAUUACGAGAACUUUGAAACAAGACCUGCUUUUGAGACUGUUGAUGAGAUGCUUAAAUGGGCUGGUUUGUACAAUCUCACAAGAAGGACUCUGCAAGAGGAAUUGGUUGAUGCCAAGUUGUCGCCCUUGUUGAUAGAAGAACUUGUCACUGUCAUUACAAGAAUCAAUUACGGCCAAAGUACAUGCAUCAGUGGACUUGCUGGUGCAGUUUCCCUGGCAGGAUCUGGUGGAGGAUUAUGGUCUGUUGAAGGAGGAAACUGGCAGAUGGCUGCAGGAUUGAUUAAUCAAUCAGAUGUUACAUUGCACCUCAAUGAGGAAAUUAAAUCUGUCUCUUACCUGGGAGACUAUUAUGAAAUAAACUCCACAAGAGGAAGCAGUUACACUUGUAAUGUCACAGUGGUAGCUACACCACUGGAUGAAGUAAAUAUUCAAUUUUUUCCUCCUAUUUCAGUUCCUGAGAGGAAAUUACAGCAUACACAUGCAACAUUUGUGAGGGGCCUCUUAAAUCCAGAAUAUUUUGGUGUAACUUCUGUUUCUGACAUUCCCGAACUGGUCGGAACAAUCGAGGAUCCUGAGCUUCCAUUCUCGAGCAUUUCAGUUCUCAAGCAAUAUGAUGAGAAAGAUAUGACUUACAAAGUUUUUUCUCGCAAACCAUUGUCAGACAUAUUACUUGAUAGCAUCUUCAGUGUGAGGGUUGAAACAAUACGAAUAGACUGGGGUGCUUAUCCUCAUUACCAUGCUCCAGAAAUUUUUUCACCAUUUAUUUUGGACGGCCGGAACUUGUACUACAUCGAUGCUUUUGAAAAUGCGGCUAGCACCAUGGAGACAAGUGCUGUAGCGGCUGAGAAUGUAGCACGACUGCUUCUGUCAAGAUUUUUCGGCAAGAGUUCCUCAAGUUCAUUGGAAUUGAAUAGUUAUAAAGGUGGUAUGGCACAACACACCUUGAGCAGGGUGAGGACGCAAUCUUUUCAUCCAUCAAGUGGGAGGCGUGCCCACACUCAGUGCCCCUACCCUGGAGUUCGGAUUCCGGACAAAGGUCCUCGUCAUCUGUAUCUAAGAAUAAUAAUGGAAAAAUAAC